AUGGGACGCUAUCCUGAAGCGCCAGCCAGCAGUCUGUCUUUCAACUUUGGCUCCAAGCUAGAGUAUGGAAAACAGCUCGUGGACGCCAAGGGGAGACUCGGCCCCCCAGAGACGAUGAAGCUCAAAAUUGCGGACAAGACGAGACACCGUCCACUCGACGGCACACGGACCCAGACUUGGAUCCUGGACCUGACCCGCACAACUACCCCCGUCGAGUGGUAA